AUGCCAUCCAACGAAGCAAACAGCGCCGAAUCCGACUGGGCGAUCGACCCCGCCGUCUUCGCCUUCACGCCCCGCAGCCUGCGCGUUGUGUGCAUUGGCGCUGGCUUCUCGGGGCUGAUCAUGGCCUACAAACUCAAGCACGAACGGCCAUUGGACUACGUCGAUUUCACCAUCUACGAGAAGAAUCCUGAGGUUGGAGGAACGUGGUACGAGAAUGUUUAUCCCGGGGUUGGCUGUGACAUUCCAAUUCAUAGCUAUAUCUUCCCCUUCAACCCCAACCCAAACUGGUCACAAUGCUACGCCAAAGGUCCAGAGAUCCAGCAGUACAUCCUCGAUACAGUCGAGAAAUUUGAAUUAAAGGAGGAAAUCCAGUUCAACACAAAGCUCACCAGCGCGAUCUGGAACGAGAACGAGGGGAAGUGGGAGUUGAAGCUCCAGCGCGGCGACGAGGUGCUCACCGAUAAAGCCGAUAUCGUCGUCGACGGCAGUGGUGUCCUCAACAACUGGACCCUCCCCGACAUCAAAGGCAUCGACACCUUCCAAGGAAAACUCCUCCACACAGCAAAAUGGGACCCGACCUACAACUGGGAUAACAAACGGAUUGCCGUCAUCGGGAACGGCUCGUCUGCACUGCAGGUCGUCCCAGCUCUCCAGCCGAAAGCCGGCAAGGUGGUGAACUACAUCCGGAACCCAACCUGGAUCUCAGUGAAUCUUGCUGGUGACAUCACAAAGGAUGGCAUGGGCACAAACUUUGCAUACACGGAGGAAGAAAAGAGGCUGUAUCGCGAGGAUCCUGCUGCGUUCCGGGAGUAUCGGAAGUACAUUGAGCGGUCGAUAAACGGCGUCUACAAAAUCAUGCUUUCAGGCUCUCCCGAAAACGCCUUCCUGCACAACAUCGUCACAAACGUAAUGCGGUCCCGACUCGCCUCAAACCCACAUCUGAUCGACAAGCUCAUGCCCAGGUACGAACUCGGUUGUCGCAGACUCAGUCCAGGCGAUGGGUAUCUCGAGGCGAUGCAAGAGGCCAACGCACAGUUCAACUUUGAUUCUAUCACACGCAUCACGGCGACCGGUAUCGUAACAACAACAGAAACCGGUCAAGAGGUAGAGGAAGAGUUCGACCUGAUUGUCUGCGCAACGGGUUUCAAUACGUCUUUCAUUCCAGCGUGGGAACUGAUCGGGCGGGACGGACGGCAGUUGGCUCAGGAAUGGAAAGAUGUACCGCAGGCGUACUUUAGUCUCUGCACUGGGGGAAUGCCGAAUUACUUCAUGUUCGGGGGCCCGAAUGCCCCUGUUGGACAUUCCUCUGUGCCUGUGAUGCUGGCCUGGUCGGGGGAUUAUAUGCUGGAUUGGAUUGAGAAGAUUGCGAGGGAGGAUAUCAAUUCUGUGGUGGUGAAAGACUCGGUCGUUGCUAGCUUCAACCGCUAUGCAGUGCAGAGUCUGAAGCGCAAUGUCUGGUCGAAGGGGUGCACGGCGUGGUACGGCAAGAAGGACGCGUCCGGGGAGGGUAAAGUCGUGACGGCGAUGUAUCCGGGGAGUAUACUGCACUUUAAAGAGUUCAUCAAAACGAUACGCGGCGAGCACUUCGAUAUCAAAUACAACAGCUCGAACCCAUUCCGGUAUUUGGGCAACGGCGAGCUGGAGAUGGAGCGGGCAGAGGGGGGAGACCUUGCUUAUUAUUUGUAG